AUGCCCACGGCCACCACUCUCCCGCUCAAGUCCGUCAACGGGCACACUGACGCGCCACACAUCCCUGGCUCACCUCCGCGUCCCGAGCUCAUCGCCAAGUUGAACGCGUCUCUCGCAACGAUCAAGCAUGGCCCCAACGGCAUCUUUGCCAACUCAUACGCGUCUCCAACCCCGAGCGGCGACACCACUCCCGUGCCAUUCAUCGACCUGUCGGCACUUCAGACCGAGGGGCGUAAUGCCAAAACCCGCGACAUCGACAUUGCGAAUACCGAGGAGAUGUGCGGAAUGAUCAAUGAGCAGGACCAGACUGUUGCGCUCAGUGUUCAGCGGUGUAUCCCAACAAUUGCACGGGUUAUCGACGCCCUCGCACCAAAGGUCCGCUCCGGCGGCCGCGUCGUAUACGUCGGCGCAGGGACGAGUGGGCGGCUGGGGAUUCUCGAUGCGAGCGAGAUCCCGCCAACUUUCUCGGCUCCAUACGGCCAGUGGAUCGGCUUGAUCGCGGGCGGUAACCGCGCGAUUCAGAAGGCGGUCGAGGGCGCCGAAGACAGUCCCGAGCUCGGCGCGUCAGACCUCGAAGCAAUUUCCCCCCCUCUUUCCCCGGACCUCGACUCGGUCAUCGGCCUCGCCGCUUCGGGUCGCACACCUUAUGUCCUCGGUGCGCUCGAGUGGGCUCGCACGCGUGGUGUCUACACGGCUGGUAUCUGUUGUGUUGCCCCCUCCGCCAUGGCUGCUCACUGUGUCGAUGCGAUCGAAUGUCCCGUCGGCCCCGAGGUCGUUACGGGAAGCACGCGGAUGAAGAGCGGCACAGCGCAAAAGAUGAUACUCAAUAUGAUCAGCACGGGGGUCCAGUUGCGCGUGGGCAAAACGUACGGUAACCUCAUGGUCGACGUUAAGCGCUCGAAUGCCAAGCUCAUCAACCGUGCCCGCGGGAUCUUUAGAGCCGUACUCGAGCCAUACGCUGCGAAAGUCCAUCUUGCCGUGGGCCUGGAAGAUGACGACGGCAUCGACAGGCUCAUUGACGCGUGCGACGGAAGCGUCAAGAAGGGCAUGGUUGCGGCUCGGUGGCGCUGCUCCCCCAAGGAGGCUACGGCGCGACUAGAGGCCGCAGAUGGGCUGCUCAAGAAGGCCCUCGAGGCCGAAGCUUAG